AUGGCUUCCAAACAAGAUGCCGCAGAGGCCGAGCGGCCCUGGCUGGAAGCCAAGAAGAUCAUCCACGGCAUGCAGAAGAAGCUGAGCCAGAUGAGCAAGGAAGAUAGCAGCAACAAGAAGCUGGCUGACCUUGACUCUGUGGAACAUAUGCUUGAGACUCUCCGCUUGGCCUGCAUGGCCACCACCUUCUCAGAUUUAAGGUUUGCGCACGAUAACCGUGUGCUCGACAAGCUGUGGCAAGUGCACUCCUUGAUCAGCACCGAGUAUAAAAAGGCUCUCCAACGCCAUCGUGGACACGGGCAAAUCGUACAGUUUCGAACCAUUGAGAAGCAGUACGCCAAACACCUGAAGACGGCCCAGUAUUUUUACAAGGGCUUUAUCGAGCGUCUUUCCGCCCGAUACCACCUCACCCCUCUGCAGCGAAUUGCCCGGCUGAUGAAGUCGGAGACAAUCAAGCUAGACGAGGUAAUUGACGCCCAAGAGGCGAAUCUGAACCAGGAGCUCACGCUCGCUUGCUAUCGUACGCUCCUGCAUCUCGGGGACUUGGCCCGCUACCGGAUGAAUACCUCACGACAAAAGGGACACAAUCCCGAAAUGGCGUUGACGUACUACGGCUUGGCCCAGGACCUGAUGCCACAAGAGGGUGAUGCCCAUCACCAGAUGGCGGUGGUGAUGGCGGACCAACACCGGGACUUUGGCGUGGUCUAUCAUUUUUUCCGCUCCUGGGCGGUCCGGAAUCCCAACAACCUGGCGCCGCAGAACCUUGCGUCCGAGUUCAAGAGGCUUCUGCAGCCCCCGCCGGCACGCAAAACCGGCAAUGCUGCGUCCGACCCGUACGACACGUUCGGGUCGUGGCUGAUCCGCCUUCAUGCCUACUACUACAAGGGCGAGGAGUUUAGCCAGCAGGAUGAGCUGGAGCGCGAGGUUCUACAUCGAUGGGAGGUGCUCCUGAAGUCAGCAGAGCAGCCUGCCUACUUACAAAAGGCCCUUCUGACGAGCAUUGCCGCUUACGAUAUCGCCCUGAGACGUGUCAAAGAGGAAUGGAGUGCGGCCAGAUCCAAGGCAUGCCAGUUCGUUCUCCUCUUCAUUGUACGGACCAUCCUUGUUCUCAGUCGUGUGCUGGAAGCCGAGACACAGCGUCUGUUUGGCGGGCCAUCUGUCGAGGAGAAGGCCCCCGGCGACAGCGCCAAGACGAGCGGCAAGGACAGGAAUAGCAGCGACAAGGCAGGCAAGAAGAAGAACUCGGCAUCGGACACGUGCCUGUCGCUGUUCCGGACCUGCAUGGCUUGGAUACUCAUCCAACACGAGGACCUGGUCAAGUUCCAGGAGCACCUGAACCCGCACAUUGUCGACAUGCACAGGGCCGUGACGCGCUGCCUGUCGCUGUUUGUCGAGAUCAUCUCGGGGACGGAGGCAGCCCCUGCGUCAUACCUUCUUCCUGAGGACGCCGAAGUGCUGGGUUUGGCUCCGCUGGACAGCUGGACGGCGCUCCAUCCCAGCAACUCCCAAGACAGCUUCAAAAUGCGCAUCGACGAGGUGGGCGUGCAGCGUCUAGAUCCUGCCCUGGAGACGCUUGCAAGGAUCUACGACAUUGUCGAGUCGGCGAUUAAGCUCGUUAGCGAUGACUCGUUCCCAUGGGUGGCCACAACUGUGGUCGAGUCGAACCGAGAAGUGACCAGGAUCGGCUAUAAGGAAGAUCACGUGACAUAUGCUGCGCCCAUUGCAGCAGCCUCUAUGGCGUCGCCUGUUGUGGCCUCCCCCUUGGUCACAGUGGCUGCAGCACCAAUCGGUUCCAAAGGCCAGGUGCAUCUGCCCAGUCAGCCGGCGGAAGAGCUGGCCAAGUCGCCAUUGGCGCCUCUUAUAGAGGCCGCGCCGGCCGUUAGCCCUAGCAUACCAUGGCUUCCCUGGACUGGCGGUUAUCCGAACGUGACUGGGCCAAGCAGCUUCCCGGCAGCUGCAAGCAUGCCUGUGGCAGUCGAGACGGACGCUGAGCUUGAUUUGAUGGACUCGGAGGCAUUCAGCCGCGUGGAGAACUUCCUCAGUCCGCCCGAGUCGCACCAGCCCCGGACUGUCAGCAAUGCAGGCAGGCCAGAGCCGGCCACCCAGUCGUCUACAUCCUACGGAAUGCAUACAUCUACGGCCGACGACGUUUUCGGACAGCUUAACGCACAGAGAUCGCCGGUAGCAGCCAGCACCACUGCUGCUACGGCAGCUGUUGCAACUGCCGCAGCUGCAGCCAGAAUUCCGACAUGUGGGCCGAACAAGGCCAAGCCGUUUCCCAGCCUGCCCUGGGAAUUUGUGUUCCAGCCCAAGCCAUACCCACCGCUACAACAUGCCAUGGGCAUGGGGGGCCCGACAGCGGCAGCGGAUGAGAAGACGGCCUUUUGGUCGGUGUCACCAAGCGCGCGGUCGCCUGGCGGGCUGAACAACUCGUCUCGCGGAUUUCCCACAGCCCUGUCGCCGGUGGGAGCAGCCAAAGCGGUGCCGGUGCUGGGCAGCAGUCCCUGGGGCCCGACGGACGGCCGACUGCUGCCGCAGCAGCUCCAGCAGGCACAGGCGGAGGCGUUGGGCUUUGGGACCAGCCCGGGACUGUCGUAUACAAGCCACUUCACGGCGAACCCAUCGUCAAGCAUGCCGUCGGUGCAGAGUCCUCGAGGACUGCGAGACCCGUUUGUGUCCGGGUUUGGGAGUCAGAACGGGCCGUCGACGUCUCUGAUGGGCGACAGCAGCUUUCUCGACGGCCAGCAGAACAUGAGGAGAAAAUGGCAGGAGGCGGCGACAGCUUGGGGUCGCGGCACACCGGCUUCCCGCGACGACCCGACACACUUCCGCAAUGCUGUGCGGCAGACGAGCCUGAUGGACGAAACGAAUGCCUACGACCGGAAUGCGCUGCUCAGCGCGCUCGGCAACGGUCACAAGUCGCCACAGUAG